UGAAAAUAUAAAUUUUUAUGUACUUUUGGUAUCUUCCGAUCACGUUUUCAAUCUGAGGCUGUGUGCGCAAGUCUCGCGUGAUUUCCGCGGAUGAUAAAAUUCCAUGGGAAGGACUGUGAGAAUUUCUACAGCUGGUUUAAAAAAGCAUGCCCUGUGAAGUGAAGCCUCGGUUCGUGCUGCUGUACGGGUCUCAGAAGGGUCAGGCUCAGUCCAUAGCAGAAGGGAUCGCUGAGGUUGCAGAGGAGCAUGGACUAGUCGCUGAUCUCAGCUGCUUGGACAACAACGACAAGUACAAUUUGGAGAAGGAGAAUGCCCCAGUGGUCUUUAUUGUGUCUACUACUGGAGACGGGGAACCGCCAGACAAUGCCAUCCAAUUUGUAAAGCGCAUCAAGAAGAAGACUCUCUCCACUCAUCACUAUAAACACCUUUGCUAUGCACUUUUAGCUUUAGGAGACACAAAUUAUGCAAACUUCUGCAACUGUGGGAAGACAAUUGAGCGACGUCUACAGGAACUCGGAGCCAAACAAUUCUAUGCAACGGGAUAUGCAGAUGAUGGUGUAGGGUUGGAGGUGGUCGUCGACCCCUGGCUUGACGGACUGUGGAAAGCAAUCAAAGGAGUCUUAUCAAAAAUGGCUUCUGAUAGGACUGGUUACUUGAAAGGAGAAGCAGGGGAUUCACCAAAGGAAACUCCUGAUUCAUCUGUGCCAGACAUCCAACUAAACCUCUUAAGCAUCACGGACCGCCAGAACUGCGAGUCGGUCAGAGCGUCCACAGAAACGGUUCUCAAAUUUGCAUCUGCUGCUUCAGAUUCUACUACACACACUGCAGUUUCAGAUCUCAGGCCAGCUUCUCCUACAGUGAGCCCUGGGUUGUCAUCCAACUCUUGUGGCGCUGCCAGUGUUUCUACAUCAGGAACAGAAACACAGACGGGGGAUGCUGGAGUUCCCCAUGUUGCAUUGGCAGCCUUACUGACACGCUCCCUUCCACCGCUGUCUGAGUCCUCUCUUAAUGUUCCUGCUCUGCCUCCCCCUUACCUGGAUGUCUCUCUUCAGGAGGUGGACACUGUGGAUCAGAUUGUUGGACCGUUAAACCAAGAGACUCUUCAUGAGGUUCCCAUAUCCAGGGCAGUUCAGCUGACCAGAGGAGAUUCAGUCAAGAUGGCCCUUCUCUUAGAGCUGGACAUCUCUGCUUACCCGACGAUGACACAUCUUCCAGGGGAUUCGUUUGAUGUGUUCUGCCCGAACAGGGAGGCUGAGGUGGAGGCUAUGCUCCACAGAUUGGGUCUCCAUAAUCAGAAGAACCACAGAGUACAUAUUUCUCUACAUAAAGACACAAAGAAAAAAGGUGCCAAGGUGCCGCCCUACAUUCCCCAGAAUAUUUCUCUGCUGUACCUGCUCACAUGGUGUCUAGAGAUCAGACAUGUUCCUAAGAAGGCUUUUCUCCGGGCGUUGGUGGAGCAUACAGGCGAUGGUGUGCAGCGGAGGAGACUGCAGGAGCUCUGCAGUAAACAAGGCGCCGCAGACUACAACCUCUAUGUGAGAGACCCGAGCCUCAGCCUACUGGAGCUUCUCACAGCCUUCCCAUCCUGCCUGCCUCCGCUCAGCCUCCUUAUAGAGCAUUUGCCGAAACUGCAGCCCAGGCCUUAUUCAGCAGCCAGCUCCUGUCUUAGGCACCCAGGAAAGCUGCAUUUUGUCUUCAACGUGGUAGAGUUCCCAGCAUGCUCUGGGCGGCCUGCGGGGAGGCGAGGCUUGUGUACCGGUUGGCUCUUUGACCUCAUCAAUCCUGUCCUGGUUUUCCCAGAGAAAGCAGAAUCCUCUGGCAGCUCGGCUCUGCCAAAGAUCCAUGUGAGUUUGAGACCCACCUGCCCCUUUCGGCCUCCCUCUGACCUGUCGGUGCCCUUCGUAAUGGUCGGACCAGGCACAGGAGUUGCGCCUUUCAUCGGCUUCCUCCAGCAAAGAGAAAAGGAGAGGGAGGAGAACCCUGAGGCCACGUUUGGCGAGACCUGGCUGUUCUUCGGUUGUCGCCACAGAGACAGAGACUACCUGUUCAGAGAGGAGCUGGAGGGCUUUGUGUCCAGCGGCACUCUGAGCCACCUCAAGGUGUGUUUCUCAAGAGAUGUCCAGGAGGAGAAGGAGGAGACUGCCAACUCUGCAGCACCAAGCAGAUACGUCCAACACAACCUGCUACUUAACAGCCAACACAUCACUGACAUCCUGCUCAGACGGAACGGUUGCAUCUAUGUCUGCGGAGAUGCUAAGAACAUGGCUAAAGACGUGAACGACACCCUGAUGGAGAUGAUCAAGUCAGAGCUUCAGGUGGACCAGCUGGAGGCCAUGAAGAAGCUGGCGGCGCUGAGAGAGGAGAAACGCUACUUACAGGACAUCUGGGGCUGACGGUGGAUGACGAGAUAAGAGCAUUUUGCAGCAUCCAUUGGGUUUUUUUUUUUUUUUUUUUUUUUUUUUUUUAAGCAUGCUCAGCUGUAACCUCUAGAACCAUAAAAUUGUGGAUGCUGAAGCCUGGAGUCAGUUUACACCACCCAAUGCUGCCGAGAUGGAGUGUACCAUGCUGACCUGGGGGAUAUCGGUUCACUACAUCAUCUUGGGCUUUGCUGCUUGAGCAGAAAUGACCUUGGUCAGGGCAAUAGUGCUGGAGAUUGGUCCAGCAGUGUGAAAAUGCUUUUAGUGUAGACAAGCCUCCUUCCCUUCGUCCUGUCUGGGGAAAAGGCAUUUACUUCCGUUGGCUGUGAUGGAGUGAUUUUGAUGAGAAUGAGAGUGGGAUAUCGCCCCAACCUAGAUGGAAACACAGCAAUCUGUAGUUCUUUAACCACUCUCUCUCUCUCACUCACACACACACACACACACACACACACACACACACACACACACACACACACACACACACUCACAUACACAGACCGUAAAUUGGUUAUUAUUCUUUUUUUUUUUUAUUGUUGGAAUAUGUCAAACUUCCUCUAAAUGCACCACGGUAUACCUCUGAAGUCAUCAUUUCUAUCUAAAUAAUGAGCGAAUAUUUUCUAAAAUAAGUAGUUAUCCUGCAGUAUCGUGUAGUACAAUAUUUUUUAUCCAAAACACUGUGGAUACAUUCAACUAUUUUUUUGCUGUUUUGGAGAUAAUGGAGACACAUUUAUAAUAUAUGUGAUCUUAAAAAGUGUCCUGUGUAAAUGAAGACCUUGGAGAUGAGGACAGGUUACAGUGAUCUAUGAUUAUCCUGCAUUAAAUUACCACAGAGGGCGUGUAUCUCAAUGAUAAUGUGCUGCUCUAAAUUGACUUUGUUUGUGUCCGUCUGCCCCAGCAGCUGCCGAUUUGGAAACGGUGAACUCCAGCUUUUUCUGCAAACCCGACUGAAAUCUCACAAACUGUGGUUAAAACAAACACAACUGUGCCUUGUGUGUGAUCAGGAAUUAAAAAAGACAUUUCAGGGUAAA